CCAGGAUACUUGUCUAUUAAUUCGCUCCUUAUAAAUCAAGACACCACCACUCUUUGUGCCAGCCACAUUUUCAUGUUUACCCUUAACAACGCCAGCCGCAACCAAACAUCAAUCCAUGCCAGAAUCUAGACAAGUCAUAGCACCUUCACCUCUCUUCAUUCUCCCCUCCUACUCUUCUAUGGGCAGCCCUUCAAAAUGUCUGCUCCAGCCGCCUAUAACACCAAUCCCUGUCCUACCUCAAACGCAAACCGACCCCGCUGUGCCUUUCCGUUCAAGUGUCGACCGACUGAAUUCGGCCACACCAUUAUUACCAAAAAAAGAGGGAUCAUUUUUUCACGACCUCCGGAGAGGACAUUGGCAUUUCCCCUGGCGGCGCCAUCGAUCGGUCAAGUGUUCAACCCAUUAUAAUGGACAUGCGAGAUUACAGGGCUGUGUCUGGUUACUGUGGAAACUUAUGUUGGCGGUGCUGAUAGGGAUCUUUCUGUAUUGGUGGGGUUGGCAAGAUGCGAGAGAUCAGAGAUUAACUCUGUUUAAUCAAUUAGAACAACUGCCGAUCUCAAUAAAUACUACCAUUUCAACAAAAGGCGUGACAAAGAUAUGGGCGAAUAGCCAUAAUGAUGAAAUGCAAGGGAAAGGCGCUUUGACCCUCGCUCUCAAACAAGGUUUUGGAUAUAUCGAAAUCGACACCCAUCUUGAUGCAAGUUCAUUGAGGAACUCAUCUCUGACACUUCUUACUGGCCAUGACAUUUCGGAUCUCAAUUCUAAUCGCACAGUCAAAGAUCUUUAUCUUGACCCAUUGUUGGCCAUUCUGGACGCGCAUAACCAAGGUUGGACACCUGGAGGCGAGAAAAAUUGGACGGGUGUAUACGAAGAUGAUCCUCGGGAAGAAGUAACCUUGUUCUUCGAUAUAAAAUCGGACGGGGACGCAACAUGGCCGUACCUCGAAGCCGCUCUCGAACCAUUCCUCUCCAAAGGCUACCUCACCACCUACAACACGACCUCCAACACUCUUACUCCUGGGCCACUGACCGUCGUUGGCACGGGUAACACUCCUUUACAUCGAGUCUACUAUUCCUCCUUGCGCUACAUCUUUUACGAUGCUCCCCUGUUAGAGCUGUACCAGCCGUACACCUUGCCUGCAAGCCAAUACGGACCUGAAACGACGAUCUACUGGCACCCAACCAUCUCGCCUAUCGCUUCCGCCAAAUUCCCACUUCAGUCCUACCUCGCCCUCGGUCCAGGAUCGAGGGGAGGGGGUAUCAACCCGUUUAGCUGUAAUUUGAAACUGACAUCGGCGAUCGCAAAGCAGAUGGGGAUCCAGUCAAGAUGGUGGGGGGUACUGCAUAAGCCGGGAUGGGCAAGGAGGAUAUUAUGGGAGAUGGUAUGGGAGAGUGGGGCAGGGGUUAUGAAUGCCGAUGAAUUGGAGGAUAUGGGGAAUUGGUUGAGGGCACAUGAGGGGAAGGAGAGGAGUUUGAAGUGUUGAAAUUGCUUCAGCUUCAUAGAAGCUAUCUACUGUUUCCAUAGUACUUAUUAGAGAUUAUAAUUGAUUACUAAACGAGAUACAUAGAUGUGUAACCUAAUAGUAUACACAGUGUACAGUAUACAAUAAUGCAUGUUGUUAGAUCCGG